AAGGCUGCGUGCAGGCCGGGUGGUCAGGGAGGGCCUCGCGGGAUCGAGAGGACGCUCCGAGGUGAGAGGGCAAGUGCGAGGCCCUGCGGGAAGCCACCCUGAAGAGAAGGCGUUGGAUUUCAUUUAAAUUCCUAUGUCCUCCCCUGAAAUUGCUUCCCUUUCAUGGGGACAAAUGAAAGUGCAAGGCUGUGCCACAACCUAUAAGGACUGCAAAGUGUGGCCAGGGGGCAGUCGAGCCUGGGACUGGAGAGAAACCGGAACUGAGCAUUCUCCUGGCGUGCAGCCUGCAGAUGUAAAGGAGGUUGUCGAGAAGGGUGUACAGACACUCGUGAUUGGCCGAGGCAUGAGUGAGGCCUUGAAGGUGCCUCCAUCAACUGUAGAGUACCUCAAGAAGCAAGGCAUUGAUGUGCGGGUCCUCCAGACAGAGCAGGCAGUGAAGGAGUACAAUGGCCUGGUCGCCCAAGGGGUCAGAGUGGGAGGUGUCUUUCAUUCCACCUGCUGAUGGAACCCUAAGAGAGCAAUAAAUCACGAGGCAGUGAUGCCUGUGUCACUCUCACCAUUCUCCUCCAGGCAUUUUUAAACACAUGCUUACGUCAGAUCAAGUUUUACCAUGUACUGAGGGUUGGAUUGGAUAUAUGGAAACCUUCGGACAAAAAUAAAGCCAGUGCCUUGAAAGCCAAAGAAAAGUGUGUGCACUAAAAUCACAUUGCAUAUCGGAUAAAUCCACUGCCUACAAUGCCAGCAUCCCAUAUGGGUGCUGGUUCAAGUCCUGGCUGCUCCAUCUGAUCUGGCUCCCUGCUAAUGCACCUGAGAAAAGCAGAGGAUGAUGGCCCAAGUGUUUGGGCUCCUGCACCCACAUAGGAGACCCAGAAGAAGCUCCUGGCUCUUUGGAAUAUUUAUCCAUCAAUACAACUAAUAUAUGUUUUUAAAGAUUUAUUGAUUUAUUUACUUGAAAGGCAGAGAAAGAGAGAUCUUUUAUGUGCUGGUUCAGUCCCCAAAUAGCUGUAACAGCCAAGUCUAGGCCAGGCCCAAGCCAGAAGCCUGGAACUCCAUCCAGGUCUUCCACAUGAGUGGCGGGACCCAAAUACUUGGGCCAUCUUCCACUGCCUUCCCAGGCCAUUAGCUGGAAGCUGUAUCAGAAGCAGAUAGUCAGGCUUUGAUCUGGCACUCCAGUAUGGGAUGCUGGCAUCACGAACACAGCUUAACCCACUUCACCACAAUGCUGGCCCAACUAAUACUUCCGGAGUAGCUCAUAGGUCGGCCACUGCGUGGGCUCCUAAGAAACAGCAAAACCAGUGUUAACAAGAGGCUCACAUUCUAGUGGGGAAAGUAAGUAUACAAAUAAAUAUAUAAUGUAUGUAGAAUCAAUUCUGAAGCAAAAUAAGCAGGAUAGGCAAACACUGAUGAGGCUGUUUCAAGCAUGUGGUCAGGGAAGGUCCCGAACGCCAAGAGGGAGCCCUUGAGGGAGGGGAACAGAGCGUGCCCUGAGGGUGACGUUGAGGCAGGCUGUUCUAACCUGUGAUGUGGGCCAGACGGUUCUCUCUAGGCCUCACCUUCCCUGACUAGAAAGUAUUGGGGCUGGACUAGGCCUUUUAAAGGGCCCUCCUGGCCCGGACUUUGUUCUGUCAAAUACCCACCUGGCCUGUGUGAAGCCUUAGAAUAGACUAACUGAACAUAAGUUAUCUGCAUCAUCUUACUUUUUCUUCUCUCCUCUGAAAAGGGCUAUGUGUAUAGGCUUUGUUGUCGAAUCCUCUUGAUUGUGAACUGCAGCCUCUGCCAUUCACUGGCCGGGCAUCGAUUUGAUCUCAGUUUCACUGUUCUUGUCUGCUGGGCAGGGAUAUGAGGACCUGGAGUCACUGUGGGUGUUACAUGAAGUAAUUCACACAAAGUUUGCACCUGUUGCCUGGCAGGUAGGAAGGACCCAAUAAAGUGAGACCGUUGUUGGCAUUUUCUAUUAAUGGAGUUACUGUAUAAAGCAACUAGUUUAAUUUUAUGAUUCAAAAUAAAGAUUAUUAUUUCAUAGAAUGUUGGAGACCACAGAUACUCUCUGACUCAUGUAUUCAGUAAUUCCCCUUCAUGCCCAUUUACUGAGAAUCUAUUACUAAUUCUUAUGACCAGUUAUUGCUGGAUCCUGGGGGUACAGAGAGAUGUUACAAUUCCUAUCCUCAAAUGAGCUUUUUGGGAGAAAGACAGUAAGCACAUACUAGUGAUAAAAUGUGUUAAUAUUACAGCAGUUUCCCCAACAGACAAAUACCAUAUGUUCUCCCUGACCUCUGGGAACAGAGUACCUAAAAGGUAAUCUACAGAAGUGGAACUGACACACUGAGAUGCCAUAAGAUGUGAUGAUUCUGAACAGCCCUUGUCUCAACAGUAGAGGAACAGGGUUUUGUUUUUUUGUUUUUUUUCUUUCAUACUAUUUGUUGAACUCUUAUACUUAGUGUAGGGUUAAUCUUAUGAGUAUAAAGUUAACUGAAAAUAGAUCUUUGUAAAAAAUUAGAAUGGGAAUAGGAGGAGAAGAAGGAAAAAGGGUGGGA